UGUGUAUAUAUUAAACUAUGCGAGAUACAACAACUAUUCGUUGUCUCCUAGUGGUUGACCCCCAUAUUCUCUAGACAAAUAACCCGUCUUCGAUUCCUCCUUGAUGCAUUUUAUUUAAUUUACAUUAUUAAUUCAGGUACCCAUCGGGUUUCGGAUUUAGGUCGGGUCGGGUCUAAGACCCGCGGGUCCUCUGCAACAAGAUCCGAUAGUAUAAUUUAAUCGGAUCGGUUCCUACCUAAACCGGGUUUUUUCGGGUCGGUUUCAGGUCGGGUCUACGGGUCCGGGUAAAAUGCCCAGGCCUAGUUUCUUAUUAUUACCAUUCAGAUUAGUCCUAGGCUUUUUACCUCAACCUGGAAAUCCUAACCGGAAAUGACCCAACCAAGAACUGAAUGAAACCGAACUGAAACCAAACUUAACUCUAUGAGUAUUUAUAUGAGUUUCAAACUGGAUCUCAUACAUUACUUUUAUUAGAUUAAAUAUUAAAAUAUUAAUUUAACAUGGGGAUUACCAUAACAGUGUUUUAUUAUAUAAGAAAAUAGUUUUGAAAAAUGAAUAAAAGAUGUAUUUUGAAAAUUUUAAAACUGUCAACUAACAAGUUUAUAAACAUAUGAUAUUAUUUAAAUUUCAAAAACGAAAUAACAUUAUCCAAACUUUAUAAUCGAACUUAUUAAUAAUUAAACUUCUAGUGCAACUGUAAAAAAAUAAAACCUCAAUAUUUAUAUUUAAAAUGCUCAAAAAUUGUGAAACGAAUAAAAAGUUGUAUUUUCAUAUUAUCCUUAUAAUAAAAAUAAUAGUUUUCCCUCAUUAUUAGCAUUCACCAACUCCAACGACCUCUCCACUCUGUUCAAAACUCUACAAAAGAGUCCAAAGAGAGAUUGAAAAAUGUGUGUGAUCGACAUCCAUGGCGGAAGCUUGCGUUGUGAAGAGGAUGAAGCUUGGAAGCCAAGGUUUCGAGGUAUCAGCUCAAGGCCUUGGCUGCCUGGGCCUCUCCUCCUUCCACGGUGAUCCCAAACGGGAAACCGACGCCAUCGCUCUACUCCACCACGCAAUAAACUCCGGCGUCACUUUCCUUGACACCUCCGACAUCUACGGUCCCGAGACCAAUGAGUUGAUCCUAGCCAAGGCUCUCAAGGAUGGGGUGAGGGAGAAAGUGGAUCUUGCGACCAAGUUUGGAUUCACCUAUGGAGAGGGAAAUACAGAGAUAAAGGGAGAUCCUGCUUAUGUUAGAGCUGCUUGUGAAGCUAGUUUAAAGAGGCUUGAUGUUGCCUGCAUUGAUCUAUACUAUCAGCAUCGGAUCGAUACUCGUGUCCCUAUCGAAAUUACUAUGGGGGAACUGAAGAAGCUAGUUGAGGAAGGUAAGAUAAAGUACAUUGGUUUGUCUGAAGCCUCUGCCUCAACUAUCAGAAGGGCACAUGCUGUUCAUCCAGUUACUGCAGUGCAGAUAGAAUGGUCUUUGUGGUCCAGAGACGUAGAAGAAGAUAUAAUCCCAACCUGCAGGGAGCUUGGGAUUGGGAUUGUUGCUUACAGUCCUCUAGGACGAGGAUUCUUUGCAUCUGGACCAAAGCUUCUUGAGAACCUAGGCCAAAAUGACUUCAGAAAGGCUCUACCAAGAUUCCAACAGGAAAACGUAGACCACAACAAGAUUGUUUACGAGAAUGUUUGUGCAAUGUCUGAGAAGAAAGGAUGCACUCCUGGACAACUAGCCCUGGCAUGGGUUCACCACCAGGGAGAUGAUGUUUGCCCAAUCCCAGGAACUACUAAAAUCGAGAACCUCAAUCUGAAUAUUGGAGCUUUAUCUGUGAAACUCACUCCCGAAGAGAUGACUGAGCUCGAGGACAUUGUCCGACCAGAGUCUGUGAAAGGAGAAAGAUAUUGUAGCAACAUGCCCACUUUCAAGAACACUGAGUCUAUAUCAUUGUCUUCUUGGAAAGCUGUUUAAACUGGCUGUGGUGAUGCAUGAUAUUGAAGCUAUACAACUUAUGUCAGCCAGAUCAAGGUCUUAAAUGUGCUGCAUAGUACGUUAUCCUUCCGGGGGAAACCCAAUUAUCAAUGUGUAAUUGCAUUUGUAAAAUAAUUUUUGUAUAGAGUUCCCAAGUGAAAACUUCAAUGUAAGUUACGCUGAAAUGCACGGCCAUGGUGCACACUUUCAAGAACUCUUGACACUCCA